AUGGAAGACGCUACGGUCGAUCCCGAGGUGACCCCCUCCAAUAAUUCCGCCAUUCGGCACACGAAUUACGCCGCGCGUCGUCCCGCCGGUACCGAACAUCCCGUGACUCUGUCCAAGGACGGCGUCCGCCACGUUCAGCGCCUGCCCGACGGAUCCACACGGGAGAUUCUCGCUUGCGGACUCGCUUGUUCAGAAUGCUUUUCCGGUACCAAUCUCCACGCUAUUCUGCAACCCGGCUUGGAGCUGGAACUCCGCGUCAUGGAGGAUCUGCGGCAAGGCAAACCCGCCGCGCCCUUGUCGAUUCAUACCAGUUCGGGCGUGCCGGAGGCACUCGGACCCUUUUUGGAAGCUCUCGAACUCCACUUGCCUUGGAAGAACAAGGAGUCGCUCGACUGGUGCGUGUCGCUGCAGAUGGAAGGCGCAUCCGCCGUGCUCGCGGCGAUCGAUAUGGUCCUACAAACCCGCAUGUUGGAAAACCCCCACGAGGCCAACGCGGCACGUACCAAAGUCGCCGUCGGUGCCACUUCCUAUCAUGGUCCACCCUCGACGUCUUUUGGGGCCAAGUCUCCGCUCUGGUACAAACAUCACCAAGUCAUCUAUCCCGUACCCACCUCCUUCGGACCCUACGACGAAACGGAACUCUUACUCAAGUACCAAGAGUUCCUGGACGCUCACGCUCACGAAAUCGGCGUUUUGCUGAUCGAGCCGCAAUGGGGGUCGUCGCAAGCCGCUUUGCCCUGGCCCAAGCACUUGCUCAAGAAAUACGUAGCCAUGGCCCGCUCGCACGGUAUCAAGAUUAUUUGCGACGAAAUUAUGUGUGGACUCGGACGUCACGGCAAGGGGACCUUGUUCGUGUCGGAAGCCUGGGAAUUGGAUCCGGACGCCGUCACGUUUGGUAAGGCCAUCGCCACCGGAGUAUUUCAGCUUUCCGGAGCUAUUCUUAAACAGGGACGUAGUCUUCUACACGCGAACAAGUGUUCCGUCAUGCAGUCACAUACCUACGCCGGUUCGUCGACCCGCGCCCUGCUCGCCGCCACGGAAGUCCUCCAGACGUUCGUCACCUGGCUGCCGAGCGUUGCGCAUUUGGGCGACGAAAUGGGGCACAUUAUGGCGUACGUCAUGAAGAUAUCGCGCGGUCUCUUUCGCUGCCAAGGACAGGGUCUCAUGUGGGGUGGCAUUGUCACGCACGAAGGACAGUGCCGGGAUCCGGAGUUUCGUACACGCGUGGUACAGGCCUUCAAGAAGCAUUGCGACGAAGUUGGGGUGGUACCGUAUCACGUACCGGUGGGUGGAUUCAUGGUAAGUCCCGUCAUUGACGUGGACGUGGGCACUAUUUACGAAAUUGGGGAACGGCUCGUGGAAGCCAUCAAACUAACCAUGACCGAAGUGGGUUGGGUCGAGCAACCCGCGGUCAAUGGUGAGAGUAGCGUGGGUGGCAUAAACAUUCAACGGUCGCGGGAUCACUACCGUGCCCCGUCCAUUGCGUCGGCGAGCACGCUGAAUUUGGCUGCACUGGCCGAAGCUAAGGCUUCGCUGAUGGCCAUGACGCAGGACCUGGGCAACGACAAGUGCGUGCCGUACCUGCACGCUACCAAGUGCUGCACGUCGUGCAACAGCUUUGUGUGUCCGGAUGUGCGCACACGAUUUCUGAAUCAGUAA